AUGGCGAUGAUGUGGGUGACGGUGAUGAUGGUAGUGUGGUUGUGUGGUGCUGAUACCUUUGGCAAGAUGAUGAUGGUAUUCGUUUGUUGCGAUGCUUUUGCUACCGAUGUUGUGGUGGUAGAUCAAGAUGAUCAUGGUGUUAACGCAGAAGCAGAUAUGGUCUUGAUGGUGAUCGAAGUGAUGUUCUGGAUGUGUCUUCAGAUUGCUACUAUGGGAGUGAACUGCAUCGAUGAGGCCAAUCUUGGCCAGAACGUCUGCGUCUGGGAGGGUGUGCUGCCGGGCGGCCGACGCUUCAGCUCUCUAGUGGCCCAGGCUCUGGCUCUCCAGCUGCAGGGCAUCGGCUUCGUCAGCAUCGAGUGGUGGGGCGGGAAGGACUUCAAGGACACGGGCGGCAG